AUGCUGUGUGGUUUGCUGCGGUAGUGGUGGAUAGCUUACUUAGCUGGUUGGUUACUUACGUCUGCAAGCAGGUAGCUACAGUUGUUAUUUAAUCAGCACACGGGGAUCGUUAGCUGAAACCCGAGUUAUCUGGAGACAUCUCUUUCAAACAGUUGGAGUCCAAGUCGUUUCAGCAGCGGCGCCGACAUGUCAGAGACAUACGAUUUCCUGUUCAAGUUCCUGGUGAUUGGCAGUGCUGGGACGGGGAAAUCCUGCCUCCUCCAUCAGUUCAUCGAGAACAAGUUCAAGCAGGACUCCAAUCACACCAUCGGUGUUGAGUUUGGCUCCAGGGUGGUGAACGUCGGUGGCAAGACGGUCAAACUGCAGAUCUGGGACACAGCUGGACAGGAGCGUUUCAGGUCUGUGACACGCAGCUACUACCGUGGAGCAGCAGGAGCUCUGUUGGUCUAUGAUAUCACAAGCCGAGAGACGUACAACGCCUUGACCAACUGGCUGACGGAUGCUCGCACCCUGGCCAGCCCCAACAUCGUCAUCAUCCUGUGCGGCAAUAAGAAGGACCUGGAUGCUGAGCGAGAGGUCACCUUUCUGGAGGCCUCUCGCUUCGCUCAGGAGAACGAGCUGAUGUUUCUGGAGACGAGUGCUCUGACUGGAGAGAACGUGGAGGAGGCCUUUCUCAAGUGUGCCCGCACCAUCCUCAACAAGAUUGAAUCAGGCGAGCUGGACCCUGAGCGGAUGGGUUCUGGUAUCCAGUACGGCGACGCUUCCCUGCGGCAGCUCCGGCAGCCAAGAGGCUCUGCAGCGCAGACCAAACAGCAGUGCAGCUGCUAGGGGCCGGACCCCACACACACACACACCCCUGCCCCACACACACACCCCUACAGCCCUGUCCCAUGUGUUUCUGGGUUUGGAGGCCGCCCUCUCUCCUCUGUGACCCUCACACACCCAGAAACAUCUGGACGACACUGUUCCCAUGACGACCGUCAGCUCCCUGUGACCCCUGACCUGUGGUGAGAGCCAAUCAGCAGGCUGGCUCAGCCCCCCUGUGGAAGGACAUUGGUUUGAUGCUGGCCAGGGGGAGGGACUAGUAGAGGCUCCCCACUACAACCUUCUCCUGUGAUUUCAUGCAACACACACACACAAAUAUAGAAAUGCACUAUACACAUAAACACACAUACACACUCCAUGACAAACAAAGACACAUCAAUGUCUCCAUAAAGGAAAGAGAUGCACUGACACACACAUUUUUUUAGACAUGUGUACACAUGUGUACACACACACACACACACACAAACA